AUGGAAAAAUAUACGACGCCUGAAAAUGAGUAUCGGGUUUAUACAGAACGAUGGUUUAUACUACUGGCAACCACUGUCCUAAUUUUUACUAAUAUUAUGCAAUGGGUGAGUUUCUCCGCUCAAAUCGAUCAAACCAACAUGUUCUUCUGUGGUCCAGAUGGGUUUCAUGAUUGCUCAGCAGCGUUUUUAUCAAAUCAGAUCUAUCAGAUAGUUGCUGUCAUUGUAAGUAUAAUUGGAAUGUACUUUGCAACAGUUUUCGGAACACUACCUACAGUAAUCCGUCAUUUUUUCAAACUCUCAGAAAUUCCUAGACGCAAUUGUCGCAGCAGCAUGUUUGGUUCCUUUAUUUCUCCUGUUCGUUCUUUGCCUUACCCAAUUGCGAUUGCCACUCUGGUAUGCAUGUUCUCUGCCUACUUUGUUGGGAUCAUUGCUGACAAGACAAGAAAAUUCAAAACGAUUGCUUUGAUAAAUGCUCUUGUUUGUGCAGUUUGUGUUGUCGCUCUUCGACUGUAUUUGAUCAAAGUCUAUUCCGGAUGGUACGAUUCAGUCAUUGUGUGCACAUUGCUAAGCAUCAUCAUGUCUUGCUGUGCUAUUCACACUCCUAUUGGAAAUGAAAUGGGAGUGGAAACCACGUAUCCGGUUCAGGAAUCAAUUUCUACUGGAGUGUUGAACACUUUUGGACAAGCUUGGUUGUUCUGUUUGUACUUUGUCAUGUAUGCUCUCCAAGAUUCGAAUUGGGUUUACACAAAUAGUGGGAAAGGUGGAAGUUGGGAAUUGGCACUCGAUUUCUGGGCAUUCAUGUCGAUUUUGAACUUCGUUGUGGCGCUUUUCUUCCUCAGACCUCGAUACAACAGGUUACAGAUGGAAGAGGAAGCGAAAAGAACUGAAGAAGCAAUACGAGAGUCUGUUAGUACUAUAUGCAAGUACUGA